UUCUGAAAAGACAAUGCAAGUCUAGCACUUUCCUUCGCGGCUCUCCCUAAGCCCCUCCUGUCGUCUCUUCUCUCUCUCUCUCUCUCUCUCUCUCUCUCCCCGCAGGCCGAGGUUUCCGUUUUCUUUGGUGGCAUUUUAUUAGGCAUCGGAUCUGGAGUUCCUUAGCUCUCUGUUAAAGGGUUCUGUAUAGGCAUCCACUGGGAAAAGACAAGGGGGAUUGUUAGUUUUCCAGAUAUUUAUGGAAAGGUAGUCAGGUCAUGUGAAACAGGGUAAACUGCAAUUAUUUAAGAUUUCUUGGUCUUAUUCGUGUCUUCAACUGGAAAACUGUUGUUUACUUAAUGAAGGUAGAUAGGUUUGUGGUCAAGUUGGGGCCUGGCCAUUAAAAGUUAAUAUAUACUUUGAAGAGGCAAUCUGUGUCAUGGGUUGACUUCAAAGACUCAGGUUUUUGGGGUUCUUCUUGACAUAUUGUGGAUUCUAUCAUUUGAAGAGUGUGGGGAAGGCAAAAAUUUGGGCUUUAAAUGGAUCAUUUGACUCCAAUAAAGAGAGAUUUUGAAGGUGAUAUCGAAAGUGGGGCAACAGUUAGCAACGAAGAUUCGAGCAAAGUCCUUGUUUCGGGUUCUAAAAAGCAGGCAAGUACAUUGCUCGACAAGAUUUGUGGUGGGUUUGUUGAUGGGCCAAUCAAGAGUGAAGAUAGAGCAGGUUUAUGUGGCAAUGUGUCAAACUGUGAUGGGUUUUAUCCUGAGAAUGUUAAGACAGUCAGCAACAAGAUUUUGGAGGGGGAGAGACUGUAGAUUAUGCAGAGAAAACACCUGUGAAAGAGAAACGUAAAAAGAUGAGCAAUAAAAAGCCGCCAAAACCUCCUAGACCUCCUAGAGGUCCAUCAUUGGAUGCGGCUGACCAGAAGCUAAUUAAGGAGAUCUCUGAACUUGCCAUGUUGAAGCGGGCAAGGAUUGAGCGAAUGAAAACCUUGAAGAAGAUGAAAGCUGCUAAGUCUUCAUCUUCUAACAGCAGCAGCAUAUUUGCCAUGGUGUUGACCAUUCUCUUCUGUCUUGUGAUAAUCUUUCAAGGAAUGUCAUCUGGGAAAAAUUCGGCUGUAAACUUCCAAGGGUCUCCCGAGUCAGCAGGACCAACAGAGGGGGAUUUGAUUUCCGUUCAGUACUACGCACUUCCAUCUGCUAGUGAGCCAAACGAACCUGAUUCUGAGUCUCCAAAUUUGGUAGAGCAGAUUGCUGGUUCAGAUCCUUCGGAGAAGCUGACAAGAGUUGCAGGAUGAAAUGGAGCAUAAAUGAAGGAGUGAAUGAUAUUGCCCUAGUUUACAUUGAAGAACGAACUUUGUAGUUGGCCUUGUGGUUCUCCCACAAACAAAUUUUCCUUUCACAUUUCUUACAAACAACCUUCCGAGUCUGAAUCGUUCGGGUAAGUUCUCCCCUGUUGUGUAUAUAAUUAAAAAUGGGCCAAGUCAGAUUAGUCUGCAAAUUGUAGUUUUAUAGGUGAUGCCAAAUAUGUUUUUUAAGUUGCUCCUUAGCAAUGAACCUGGCCAAGUUAUGUUCGAUUUGGGUGGUCAUUUUAUGAGCAGUUUAUGGAACUCAGAGUUGGAGGAAAUUUUCUUACAGCUUUGCCAAAUUCAAGUUUUCUCGUUUGUGUAUCUUAUUGUCAUGUAUUGAAUAAAUUUUAUGUAAUUGCAACAGCUCUACAAAACCUUUUGUUUAUCA